AUGAAGUUAUUUACUCCCACCCUACUCCUUGCUAUUUCGGCACUUGGAGUCGAUGCCGUGGGCGUAAAUGACUCACCUUACAAAACAGCAAGGCUUAUUGUUAGCACUAUCCAAUCGGCCGUGCAGACUGCCGAGGAUAUGGACACUGGCAACUAUAAGGAUCUGGGCAAGAUGAAAGAGCAGCUACGCAUGCAAUUCCAAGGGUCAGUCGAGGGUCUCCGUGACUAG